GUGACAGUCGUUGUUCAGGAAAACAACUUACAAUGGCAUUCAACAACUCCACAGUGAACUUCGAAUAUGAAGACUACAUCUCUGAAGUCUGUGAGAGGGUGGUGGUCAUGGAAACUUUUGGAGGGUCCUCAUACAUUUUGAUCUUCAUCCUCAGUAUCAUAGGAAACUGCCUCCUCUUAUAUGUCCUCUUUCUCUAUGAGAACUUAACAAAUGUCACAAAUCUAUUUGUCCUGAACCUUGCCUGCUCCGAUUUGAUGCUCACAGUCACACUUCCAUUCUGGGCCAUCUAUCGGCUGCAGGACUGGUUCUUUGGUGAUUUUGCUUGCAAAAUAGUGACUGCUUCCCACAUUGUUGGUUUGUACAGCAGCAUCAUUCUACUGACUGCCAUGACUGUGGACCGUUUCAUAACUGUGGUGCUGCACAACAUGCCAAGAAACAAAGUAAGGAGGCAGAGGUUUGCAGCAUUGAGCUGUGCAGCUGCAUGGAUCAUCAGCAUUUCUUUUUCUGUAUAUGCUGCUACCAAAGUCACGGUGGAAGAGAGGGGUGGUCGUUCCAUGUGUACGAAGAUCUUAAAUGACGAAAUCGGAUAUAAACUUGCAGUGUCUCUGCUCUUCUUCUUCCUGUUAUCCAUCAUUUGUUUCUGCUAUUCUGCCAUCCUCAAGACAGUGUUGCAGGCUUCAAACAGAAGAAAGCACAGGACAGUAGUGGUGGUGUUAUGUAUAGUUGCUGCCUUCAUCAUCUGCUUGGUACCUUACAUGAUUUUGGAUAUAAUCAGGUCCCUCAAUGAACCUAAAAACUGUUUUGCAAGGCAACGCCUGAAUAUUGCCUUUAGUAUUUGUUAUGUACUUGCUCAUUCUCACUGCUGCAUGAACCCUAUUCUGUAUAUGCUCUCAGAAAAGUGGCGAAAGCAUCUUUUGGAUCUUUUUAGCUGCAAGAAAGUCAGGAGGGUGAGAGACAGAAAGAGAACCACUGGCUCUUGUGUUACGCAGAAA